UAUCCAACUGCAUAAUUGUAACCAAUUAAAUGGGUUUUGAUUGGACAGCUGGAUGAAAGAUAGAUCGAGCAGGGUAGAGAAACAUUUACUGAGCCUUCUACCAAUCAGUCCUUAUGUUGAACAGUCCUUACCAGUGAAUGGGAUACAACUAAAGAAUUAAAUCAAUUUCUCUCUAAGAAAAAGCACUUCAUAUCUGAAAUUCAUUCAAUAUAAAAAUAUAAAAAGACCACCAUUUUUUUCUUCUUCAAAAACCAUCUGGGAUCUGCUAAAGGAAAUGGCAGCAGAAGCAACCGACAUAGCUAACACAACUGAGCUGGAAGGGAAUACAAUUACAGAAUUCCACUCACAAGUGGCUGAAAUUAUCGGUGGAAUGGGGGAUGCAAUCAAGGUUGUUCAACCUGAAAAUGCAGAAGUGGACAUCAACACAACCCUAUCUGAUGCUGAUACAAGUACACCUGCAACUGAUAAGGAUGUUAUUGCACAUGUUUCUGUUGAUGAUGAACAAGAGAAAAACACUAGGACCGAAACUGCUCCUUCUGAAUCUCAACCGCAGACAGUGGUUGAGCAAAAUAGAAAGCAAGCUCCUUUCUCAAAGCAUGACGAAAAAGCUGCAGUAGUAGAGGACACUUCUAUUCCUGAGCCCUUGCCUUCAGAAACACACAAGAAGCAGGAAGAAGAGCAUGUGGAGCAAGCCAUCCCCGAGCCAGUGAAAGAGGUGAGCCAGGUUAACAAGGAUGAGGAGGCAAUGGCUGCAGAGGAAUCUCCAGAGGCCGACAGCGCUGGCUGGGAGGAGGCCAUGGGAGAGCAAACAGAGGACCUCUGUCAAGAGGAACUUUUGGAAGGGAGUCAAGAUGACAAUGACGAGGUGGUCUCUUGGGAUGGAACAAAGCAUGAAAACGGCUCUCAGGAUUCUCAGUCUACUAGUUCGAUCCCUGGUUCCCAGUCUUCCGGAGAAAUAUCAGGGGGAGGGAAGAAGCCAGACAUCAACAAACACAGCUCUUCAAAGUACAACACUGUGUCCUAUCGCAAAAUCAGAAGAGGAAACACCAAGCAAAGAAUUGAUGAGUUUGAGUCAAUGAUGCAUGCAUAAACUAACACAUCAUCUGGUUCUGGUCUUAUCACUAGCUGGGAUAUACAAACUUGAUCAAGCAUGCUACCACCCAUGCUGUAUGCUAUAAUGUUGUGUUUACAAGUAGAAGCUAGUAUAUUGUAUUUUAUUUUCACAAUUACUCAUCUUUUUGAUUGCAUGCCUUCAAAUUCAAGGUCAGUCCUAUUCACAAAGUUUUUAAGAUAACUUAUUUCAUUCCACGUGUUUUUUUUUUUAAUGAAUAAAACAUUUUAUAGUUUGACAUUCAUGAACUUGUUCUUGAAUGUUGUAAAGCACAAGUGAUAAAUCAUGUUAACAUUUGUGAAUGGGACCCAUUGUAACAAAAACCUACGAGACUUUGUUGUGGAAACCAGGAACAUGAACUGGUAAGGGAGGCAUCACUUGCCUUGUGGUAGUAUAGUAGUUCUAUUUGUUUAGCAAAGAGAGGUGAAAAUAAACAUUUAUGCAACGUUAAUUCUAUAAAGUUUUCCAUUUGUAUUCAUUGACAACAGUAAAACUGGUAUAUCAUAUCAUAUAUCACCUGUGCCUCAUUGAGUAAUAUUCCUGAUUUAACAAACGGGCAGCUUAGAUCAAUUGCCUUCCUAUCCAGACUACUUUUACCUUAGAAAGGUUCAUUCUGAGAAUGCAACAGGUGGCGAUUGUAGGUAGAUUAACAACACUGCUAUAUAAUAUAAUAAAAUAAAUGAUGACUGCAUUAUGAGGUAGCUUUUAUGUCUGGUUUACAGCACAGUAAAAUUAGUAAUGUAAUAGAAUGUAGUCGUCAGAAGCUUUUGAAGUUUCAUUUGAACCGCAAGAAUAGUAUUAUCUCAUAUGGAUCCCAACACAUGCUGUGGCUUAUCUAGCCCACGUAGAGUGCUAUUGUCUCUGAACAAGCCAUGGAGGAAACAAAGAUGCCCUUUUUAAUGACAUAAUGAUUAUAGACAGCUUUCAGUUUGAACAUGUAACAAAGUUUGAAACACAUCAUAUUAGUCUAGACUUGUAUCUUGUAUUCCUGUAUAUUUUUUUACAGAAUGCUGUUACUGAAGCUUUACUGCAGUCAUUUAAAUCUGACACUGUAAUUUAAGUGAAUUUUGUUAAAGCUAACCAAUGGAAAAAAAACUUUUUUAGAUGCCUAUCAAGGGGAUUAUGAGAAAUAAAGCUCAUUUUAUUUCA